ACGACCGAGCUGUGGAAGGAGGAGCGCGCUCGCAGUGUACUGGGGAUUUCAUGUGGAAGAGCAAGACAUUCACUGGAAAAACCCCGAGUUCUUCUUCAUCCGAAGCGGAUUUUAUUAAUUUCGUCCCAGCAGAAUGUGUACUCCGUGCUGUAUAUCGCAGCUGGCCUGCUGCUGCGGCUCAGAGGCCUGCUCAUGCUGCUGUAACUGCUGCCCAAAGAUCAAACAAUCAACUGGGACCAGAAUUAUGUAUGCAGUCUAUUUCAUGUUGGUCACCAUCAUCUGUGUCAUUAUGAUGUCCCCUACUGUGGAGCAGGAGAUGAGAGACAAUAUCCCCUUCUACAACGAACUGUGUGAGAAGAUAAAUGCAGGGGAAAACUGUAAAACUCUGGUUGGAUACUCCGCUGUUUACAAGAUGUGCUUUGGGAUGGCCUGCUUCUUCCUUUUCUUCUGUUUCAUCACCAUAGGAAUCAAGAACAGCACAGGCUGCCGGGCAGCCAUACAUAACGGAUUCUGGUUGCUGAAGUUUAUUGUGCUGGCGGCAUGCUGUGCUGGGGCCUUCUUUCUUCCAGAAGAGGAAACCUUUCUUGAAGUGUGGCGCUACAUAGGUGCUGCGGGCGGAUUCAUUUUCCUUCUGAUCCAACUCAUGCUGUUGGUGGAGUUUGCACACAGAUGGAACACAAACUGGUCAAUCUCUCCUCAGAGUUCAGGAGUGGAGUAUAAUCGUCUGUGGUACGCGGCCUUGGCCUUUGUGACUCUGUUUCUGUUCAGUAUUGCUUUGGGAGCUGUGGUUUUCAUGGGCGUGUACUACACUCACCCUGAGGCCUGUUUACUGAACAAGAUUUUCCUUGGCAUCAACGGCAGCCUCUGCCUUAUCAUCUCUCUGCUGGCCAUCUCCCCAUUCAUACAGAGACUUCAACCCAAAUCAGGUCUGUUACAGCCUGGAGUCAUCAGUGUGUAUGUCAUGUACCUCACCUUCUCAGCCUUCUCCAGCAAACCAAAAGAAAUGGUGAUGAUAGAUGGCGAGAACAAAACUGUAUGCGUGUUCCCCUUCAACUCUGGGACAGAAAGCGACAAGAAGAUUGUCAUCAUCUUGGGAACUAUUAUCCUAUUCGGCUGCAUCCUUUACUCCUGCUGGACAUCUACCAGUAGGCGCAGUUCUGCCGCACUCAGAGUAUAUAGAAACAGUGAGCCAGAGAUUGAGAGAGCUCGCUGUUUAUUCUGCUUUGGAGAUGACACAGAGGAUUAUGAAGAGAAGACUGGCUCGGGCCAGAACGUGGUGUAUGAUGAGCGAGAAGGAACCAUCUAUAGUUAUGCCUUCUUCCACUUUGUCUUCUUCCUGGGCUCUCUUUAUGUCAUGAUGACCAUCACCAACUGGUUUCAUUAUGACGACCACAAGAUCGAGAAGCUGUUGGAGGGAAGCUGGUCGGUGUUCUGGAUCAAGAUGGCCUCUUGCUGGGUCUGUCUCUUCCUCUACAUGAUGACCCUCAUUGCUCCUAUGAUCUGCCCAAAGCGCUUUGAGGCUUAGAUCAUGAUUCUUCACACAAGAGUCAGACUGCUCUGAUCUAUAGGAUGUGGGCAGGAUGAGCUCUCAUGUGGGGCCAAGGGACCACUAGAUUAACCCCCCCUUCCCCUCCCCCUGCUUUACUUUGAAACACAACCCUACACUACCCUCAGCAUUUGAAAUGGAGGAGUAUCUGUUGCCUUUUGUUUUAUAUGCCAGUGUCUUUGUUUUACAACGUUAAGCUGUUAAUACCUUGAUGGUUAUUUUUUUUAUUAUUUUACUACCACUGAUUUCUGAAGUUUUGUAUAACUUGCAGGCCUGAAAUUAGAUGAAGAAUUAUAGGGAGUUGAAUAACUCUGGAAAAACAUUCAGCCCCUGUAGAUCCUCCUAAAAUUUAAGACUUGAAAGUGUUUGUAUUUUGUAAAUAUUUCUUCUGUGAUUUUCUUGGAUUCUCACUCAUACUCUCAGCCAGGUGUUUCAGUUUUGUGCAGUCAAACCAUAAAAUGGUAGCAAAGUUUUUGGGACAAAUUUAUUUCAAGAGAUGUUACAAGAAAAAAUGUAUUUAAGUGUGAAUCAAAGAAGGAAUGUGGUGUAAAUUGAAUUAGAUUUGGCCCCAGCUCUGUUUAAAAACUCAUUUCUCAGGCUCACAGUUAAGCUGUAUAUGUUGAUGCUUUGUUAAAUUUCACCGUUUUGUAGAAGUUUUCUAUGCAACAGAACAAGCUCUUCUUUAUAUCAGACAGCCAGUGUUAUGUUUUCAUUUAAAUCACCAGAAUAAAGUUUUAAUAAUGCCGGUGCUCCCUUUGAGCCAAAUUGUUUGAUAUGAAAAUCCAUAUCAUUUCUACAUUGUUAGGCGUUGAUGUGCUUGGCAGCUCUCAAAUCAACCAGCCUUAUAAGAGAAGGGACACCCUUGUGAAAUGGCUGCAGUGACUCAGUUUAGAAUCAUUUGCCAAAGUUAGACGUAAGAAAACCAGAAACUCUUCAGAUUGCUCAGUUACAGAAAAGGGUUCAGCUGAGAGCAUUAUGUUUUUGCAUGUGCACACACACACACACACAUAUAGAAACCAGCUGUUGUCUGUACAGUUCUACCUGUUGCCUCGUCUGUUACAUGUGUCAGCACAUCGUGGUGGUUUGAAUUAGGUAGCAAGAUGGCUUUUAUAAGCAAGUUAUUCAACACUGGAUGUUGAGUUUACUGCCGACUUAAGGACUUCAGCUUUGUUUAUCACUCUGUCAUUUCUUUUUUCUAAUUAUAUUCUUAACAUGUUUUAUAAUAACUUAUGUGCACAAGUUUUGCUACAGUUCUGCACUCUGUAAGUUGAUUUUGUUUGCUUUAAAUACCUGCAAAAUCUGUUGGCCAUUUUUUUUAACAUUUUUGUAUUUCAAUUAUUACCAUGAAUGUAAAAUGGUCUCGGCAGCAGAUUUAAAAAUAACAUUUCAGAAAUAGAAUUUGUAGGCUACCAUGAACCACAAAACCACUCUUUGACCAAAUGUUUCAAAUACAAAGAUGAAGCUGACAUGCAGCCCACAUUCAUUCAAUAAAACAUCCAUAAUGAA